AUUUAUGGUCAAGAAAUAUUGUUUUAAACAGAACUAAAUAUGGCAUCAUUAUCUUUGAAUAAUUAUCCAUGGAAGAAAAAUGAAUCUGUUACAUAUAAUUUAACAAAAAAUAAGGGUGAGAGUGCAUUUACAGCAACACAAAUAAUCUUUAUCCUGUUGUCAAUAUUUGGCCUCUUUCUCGCAAUGCUCAUAUAUUGCAAAGUCUGUAGCAGGGCAUCUAGUAUGGCAUAUUCAGAAUACAUAGCAUAUCUGGAUGAACACAAUAGUAAUAUAAGCUCCAGGUCCAUGUAUUCUGACUCAAUUUAUGAAUCAUCAAUGGACAGACCACCAUCUUAUAAUGAGGCUUGCAGUGCACCUCCUCUCUAUACGUCUCCUUUCAAUAGAGUGGCAAUGCUUGAAGCUCCACCAGUUUAUCCAGAAAUCCCGACGGUAUCUGAUCGAGUAUCGCGUGCAAAUAAUCAUGUGUUUUUAAUUAAAAAUUAUAUUUAA